UCUAAUCUUGCCUUGCCGUGAUAAGCGCAGCGCUGGAACCCGGCUUGUAGCGCUAACGCCAGUUAUUGCUGUGUCGCUCCACGUGCCAUACAAACGCCGUAAAAAUGGCUCACGCGCUAAAGAAUUUAUCGGUUCAAGUGCUUAAAACCAACAAUGUUGAAGCCAUCGGCGCGGCUGCAGCGAGAGCCAGCCACUGGUGGAGCCAAGUGCAGAUGGGUCCGCCGGACGUGAUCCUGGGCAUCACGGAGGCCUACAAGCGAGACACUGACAGCAGGAAGGUGAAUCUCGGUGUCGGGGCGUACCGCGAUGACAACGGACAGCCCUUUGUGCUGCCCUCCGUUAAGAAAGCCGAGGAAGUGCUCUACGGCAAAGGCCUGAACCACGAAUACGCGCCAAUCGGCGGCGAGGCGAGCUACACGGACGCCGUGGCUAAGCUAGCCUUCGGUGACAACAGCCCCGUCUUGGCUGACAAAUCCAAUGCCACCGUACAGACCCUGUCCGGAACCGGCGCCCUACGGCUCGGCUUCGAGUUCCUCAUCAAACACUACGGCGACAAGGAAGUGUGGAUGCCGAACCCCACGUGGGGCAACCACCCCCAGAUCUGCAACACCCUCAAGAUCAACCACAAGAAGUACCGCUACUACGACCCUAAGACCUGCGGGUUGGACUUCCAGGGGGCCCUUGAAGAUAUCAACAAAAUCCCCGACGGCUCGGUCAUCCUGCUCCACGCGUGCGCCCACAACCCCACCGGCGUCGACCCCAACAAAGAGCAAUGGAAAGAGCUUUCUCAGCUGAUCAAGAAGAAGCACCUGUUCCCGUUCUUCGACAUGGCGUACCAGGGCUUCGCGACGGGCGACGUGAACAACGACGCCUUCGCCGUGCGUCAGUUCGUGCAGGACGGACACCAGGUCAUGCUGGCACAGAGCUUCGCUAAGAACAUGGGCUUAUACGGCGAGCGAGCCGGCGCCUUGACCAUUUGUUGUGGCGACGAGAACACCGCCAAAAUCAUAAUGUCCCAGCUCAAGAUCAUGAUCCGCGUCAUGUACUCCAACCCACCGCUGUACGGCGCCCGCAUCGUGCAGACAAUCCUUAACGACCAGAAACUCAAGGAUCUCUGGUUGAAGGACGUAAAGCUGAUGGCCGACCGCAUCAUCACGAUGCGCAAGGAGCUCCGCAAGGGCGUUGAAGGCGCCGGCUCCAAGCUGCCCUGGCAACACGUCACCGACCAGAUCGGCAUGUUCUGCUUCACCGGCCUCAAGCCCGAACAGGUGGAGAAGCUGACGAGCGACCACCACAUCUACCUCACCAAGGACGGGCGCAUCUCCGUCGCCGGCCUCUCCAACAAGAACGUGCACUACGUCGCCGAGGCCAUCCACAAAGUUACCUCCUAAACAUAUCACCGACCACCUGCCUUUACUUACAGUGCUCACAAAUAUAGGUUACACUAACUCAGGAGCGAAUAGAGGUAGGGCGCAGCAUAGAAGCCGCUUGUAAUAUCAGUGUCAAGUCCUUUUGAGUCCCGGGGACGCCAUAUCGGGCCCGGAAUGACAAUCAAAUUUCACUUCUAAUGUUAUAUGCCUAAGGGAGCUUUUUGGCUGGCAAAUUAAGUCCCCUCAGACUCUGCUAAAGUUUCCGAUUUAGACAAGAUGUCAGAACCUCUAACGCUUAAGGAACUUAAACUUUAGUUCCUUUGUUUGUUUUUUAGACAAUAAAGUGGCAUAUCAUCCAACGUGCACUUACUUGACUGAAAUCAAAUUUUAUUAAUGUAACUUAUAUAUGUGUAAGUGCUGUAAUGAGGUCCGAAUAGGUAGUGCGAUAUUAUGUACAUAAUAAGUGAACAGUGAAAUGUGAAACGCGAUAAUGAUUACUUUGAAAUUCGUGGUUGUGGUAGUUUGUAAUAGUUGUUAUCAACCGGUAUCGAGGAAAAGGUCCCCAGUUUGAGAACCGAUGCUGUAGUUGAAUUUCACGAAACGUUGCAAAUGUAUAAUCUAUUUAGGGCCGUAGCUGUAGGGGGAAGGAGGUCAUUAUAUCUUAAAUUCAACUCUGGCUACGGCCCUGAAUUUAUUUAAAUCAUUAUUGCACUAUAUCUCAGAGAUGUCAUUAUGAUAUAUAUAUAAUACUUUUUUUUACAAAUACAUAAAAUGGCACUAAAUAUUUUCGGCAACCUUUGCUAUUAUACUACUGAACUGUAUACAGUACCGAGAGAACACAGUAUUUAUUCAUAUAUUUUGGAUUAAUUUUUGAGAUUUCUAGGACACUCGAGUAUAACUUGAAUGUUACUCUAUUAUUUUAAUUUGUAUGUUGUUUAAAAAUAUAAAAAACUAAAAUUAUA